AUUAUUUAGCGAUGGGGUCGGGCGCUUCAGAGCUGGCUACUGACGUACCAGGAUCAGACCUGCAUCUCCCAUCAUCAGGAUUGCGGUUCUCCGCCCAACAAGUAAGGUCCCUUAACUCAUACGUGGACACGCUUUAUGAGGAGGACUUAAAUGGCCGAAUGUCAGUGGAGACAGAAUGUGCUGUAGAGAGUUUAGUGCAGCGGAUAGUGGAUGGCGCUGGGCAGAGAGAUCCGCGCUUCCGUUGCUGCCAUCUCAUAGCAUUACAUAGGGAUAAGAAGAUGCGUUCGCGAUCUCUAGAAUAUUUGGUGACACUAGAUUCUCUGCCGAUUCUGAACACAGUCAGCGACGAGUGCCGUUUACAAGAGGGUCCAGUCGGCUACGGAAAAAUCAGACUGACCGGACGUGAAGCCGACAAGUGGUCCGAAUUCCUCACUCCUACUGGCUAUUUGAACAGGGACAAGGUGGUGGAGCGCUGGGUGGAGCUGGUGGCGCGCUGUGCGCAGGCGCGCGGCGGGGGCGCAUCGCGCGCGCUGGGCGCCCGCGCCGCCGGGCGCGCCGCGCCGCUCGCCUACUGCUACCUCGAGCGCGUCAGCCACCAAGCGGCCGCGGAGCACCGCCUGGCCAUCGUGGAGGGCGCGGCGUGCGUGCGGGUGCGGGUGGGCGCGGGGCGGGCGGAGGCCAAGCUCGUGCUGGGCGCGCGCGCGGGCGGCUGCAGCGCGCACGCCUACGCCCCGCGCGUGCCGCUCACGCACCCGCUCGCCCCGCUGCACUACGCGGCCGCGCAGGCGGAUUUUUACGCAGCUGCAGUCGCACCGCCGCCGUCGAUAGUCAGUGCCGAUCGAGCUUCGACAUGGCAGCUGUGGCAUCCUAUCCUGGAAGCCACAUUGGAUGGCCAUAACUCCCCGGAUUCUUCCAUCGCCAGAGUCGCGGGAGCCCUGAAUAGCAUGAUUGACAAAAUGAGAGAAGGAUGCUUCCAGGUAUCACUGGGAGAUCUCGACUCGCACUACACUAGACCAUUGGCUAAUAAUAAUGUCGGGAAGGGACUAUCCACACGUACUCAUAGACUCAGACUCGGUGAAGGAUACCGUGCGGCUUGUGUGCAGGGCGCCGCGCAGCUGCUGAGCCGGCACGCGGCGUGGUGCGCGCUGCGCCGGCGCGUCGAGCGCGUGGCGGCGCGCGGCGGCGCGGAGCGAUUCUUUCUGUGCGCCCACAUCGCGCACCACCUGCUGCUCGUGCUGGACGACCUGCUGCACUUGUGCGAGCACGGCGGCGUGUCGGGCUUCGUGUUCGCGGUGGAGCGCGCCGGCGCGGCGCGGCGCGGGGCGCGCGCGCACUCGUGGGCGGGCGACGCGCUCGCGCUGCGGCACGCGCUGCAGUACCUGCGCCGCCUGGCCGGUGAGGGCGAGUGCGAGUAUUAUGAGGUCGUCAAAAUCCUUAUGGGCGAGGACGUGCCGCAGUCGCCGGCCGAGCGCCUGGAGACGGCGCUGUGCGGCCGCUGGGCGGCGGCGUGGCGGGCGCGCGCGGGGCCGCGGGGCGCGGGGGCGGCGCCGCCGGCCGCCGUGCUGCGGUACCUCGCCACCGCCACGCAAGAGCUGCUCGCGUGCAAGAAUAUGGUGUCUUAUGAACACCACAAUUCGUUCCGUGCGAACCUCCUCCAAGCCACGUCCCUCCACCAGGAGCACGUGGAAGAUCUGGUCCAUAUCCUGGCGAUAAUGUUGGACCAGGCGCGGGACGCCUACCUCUCAAACCUCCAACAUAGUCUCUCUCUGGACAAGGAACUCGCGUCCUACAGGGCGAGGAAAUGGAAGAAGCUGAAGGACUACUACGACGCGUCGUCCGCGUGCCUCAUCGACGCCGCGCGGGCGGACGCCGCGCGCCGCGCCCGCGCGCCGCACGCGCCGCACGCGCCGCACGCGCACCGCCUGCUCGCCGACGUGCUGCGCUGGCUCUACCGAGGCGCCAAAGAAGACAAGAAAUACCUCGGACCGGUUCUAAAACCAUAUCUGAACGAUCUCUAUGACACCGCUUUGGAGAACUCCUGGUUUUUGGAAGAUUUCGAGGAUAAAAAGUGUCUGGGGGAGUUUGAAGGAUUGAAGUCGUACUGCCUCAGCGUUCACGAGGGAUCGGACCCCUGUGUGGGGUUGCUCGAUGCCGCGAAGAAGUUCGCGUGGGCGAAGGCUUUGGUGGACGUCUUGGACCGAUAUCGUCAUUUUGAGUUCCGCCUGGUGUUCCCGACGGGAGGCGGGCAGGCGCUGUCGCACCGCGCGCGGCUGCCGCGGCGCGCGCGCGCGCUCACGCUGAGCCGGCGCGCCAAGGCCGACGCCAAGCUGCGGCUGGCCACUCGGUGCGUGCUGGCGGCGUUCAACUCCACCCUCGUCGGAAGAGCUCCAUCAAAACAAAUAUCUCAUAACGGAAGUACAGAAGAAAUUCUCACAAGUGUAAGACAUGGUAACUUUUGGAGGAACACUACAAAACCCGACGUCAUUCCAUCAACUUCGAACACCAACACUUUAGACCAACCCAAGGUUAGGCGAAGAUCAAGAAGGAGCAGACCGGCUACAUCCCAUGGGUUUCCGGAAAUUACCAUCACAAAUCAAUCCGACACCAAAACUUUAAGGCGAAAAUAUCACACAUUGAAGAGCUUGGUUUACAAGGAGCCCGUGGAAAGUAUCAAGGAACUGCGCGAGAGACCGAGGUGUGCCGGGUCUACCGUGAGGGAUAAAGAACAUUUGAGUAGGCCGACUAUACUAGAAACCUUGGACUUUAUCAAUGGUGUGAAAGACUCGUUUUGCGUGGAGGAGUCGGGCAGCUCGGAGGCGGAGGAGAGCGCGUGGGCGGCGCGCGACGAGUGCGUGGUGUGGCGCGCGAGCCCGCUGGGCGGCGCGGGCGCGCGCUGCGGCGGCGCGCUGCACGCCGCGCUGGGGGACCUCGCGCCCGCGCUGCUCGCGCGCGGGGCCUUCUCCAACGAACCAGCCCUCCUGUCAACAGUGGAGGCAAUAAGAUGCGCUGUUAUACUUUUAGAGAUAACUGUCGUCUUCGCAGCGGUAUACAGAGCGCAUGUGGCCCCGCAGGUGCUGCAGGAGCUGUGCGCGCUCACCGCCAACAGCGAGGGCGCGCUGUUCGCGCUGCACCGCCUCGCGCGCGCCGCACGGGCGCGCUCCGCCGACUCGCGCCGUACUUGGAGACUCCCAGACACGGAAGAGUCAGCGCAGGAGGCGCCGCAGAUAUACCGACCGAGGCCCCCGGACUACGUGUCCGGAGACGAGGCUCCACAGCCGCCGCCGCUGCCGCGACACAGUAACGAGAAGCAGCCAAAGCAACAUACAGAUUUCGUGCCGCAGUCCCGUCUGGAGACAUUGCAGGCUGACAUGGAUCAAUUGCAGCUGAUCUCAUCCAAACUCUCCCUCCAAAGCUUGACCCAAAACCCGAACCAUUGCACGGGCAUCAUUAAUCCUAUUUACGACAUAAAAAUGCCGAGAGAUAAAUUUACUGUCAAGCGAACCAAGUCGUUAGGCAGGAGCUUCAGUUCUAGGAAUCUAGGCAUAGAAAUAACUAGGUAUAAUUUAAGUCUAGGUCAGAGAAACGGGAAGAGGACGAACGACGUUGUCACAGCUAUUAACGGUACCACGGGCGAGACGGGGUUGGAGUUUAGGAAUAAUUUUUUUCAUAAAAAUUGCGUCUCCAACGUUGUCGGUGAUUCGUAUAGAAUAAGUAGAGUUACUAUCGACUAA